ACUGAUGGAGCUUAUGUUUACAUGCGCUUUUUACAUAAUCUCUAUCACAACACGAAAGAAGCUUCGUUGCAUAUGGUACGUGUCUUGCACAGCUUAGCAGGCCUAUUACAGAACAUUUGAUUGAUCACGGUCAUUAUCUAUAGCGCCUUCCUUUAUAGACACAUUACGUCCAUAAAGUUAUAGCGUCCGCACCUUCGCUUCGAGGCGACAGCUGCAAAGUACCGGUACUGAAGAGUUUCAGCAUGGGAUUUUUCGACAAAUUUCUCGCUCUUCUUGGUAUCUCAGGGCGGAAGGUGAACGUUCUCGUCGUAGGUCUAGAUAACAGUGGCAAGACAACGAUUAUCGAGCGGCUAAAGCCCCGACCCAAGCAAAGUUCUGAUGUGGUGCCAACUGUGGGGUUCACGGUAGAGGAGCUCCAGAAAGGCGGUCUGACGUUCACGGUGUUUGACAUGUCGGGCGCGGGGAGAUACCGCACGCUGUGGGAGCAGUACUACCGGGAGGCGGAUGCGGUCAUAUUCGUGGUGGACUCGGCGGACAAGCUGCGCAUGGUGGUUGCUCGCGACGAGAUGGAGCACAUGUUGCGGCACCCCAACCUGCGCAAGGUGCCGGUGCUGUACUUCGCCAACAAGAAGGACCUGCCCGUGGCCAUGCCGCCCGUGGAGAUCGCGCAGGCACUGGGUCUAGAGGACAUCAAGGAUCGGCCAUGGCAGAUCGUGCCCUCUAACGGGCUGACGGGCGAGGGAGUAGACCAGGGCGUCGAAUGGCUGUCAGAACGGUUGGGUAAGCCGUGAUGAGCGCCGGUGGCAGCUGGGAGGACUUGUCAUAUGGGCUUGUGAAGGUCACCUUGCUUUCGUUUGGUAUUGUGGCGAGCUUGGCGUGGCGUCGUGAGUUGCUAUGUCGGAUUGCAUCGAUGCAUUGCUGGAAUUCAGAGCCGUGUUUGGUGGAUUGUGAGCGAUUGCCUGGGAG